AUGGCAUGGGGAGGUCUGUUCUUGAGCAUGGGCCGCCCCACGCAGGAGCAACAGAAGUCCUGCCUUGCAGCCGCUGGUGGCUUCAACUACGACACAGCUCUCCAUGGCACCACACGCCCAAAGUCAGCGUCUACCUUGACCUCUGACGAAGCUGGUGGCGAAACAAGCGACAAGGUUCUUACCGAGCAUGGCUUCUUUGUGAACCGAUCGCGUGUUCUAAUUGGCUCAGGUUCUGAUGCCUUUGUCCAUGCCAAAUCCGCCCUCCUCUCAUGGAGGCACUUGGCGCUAGGGUGGGCAAAUGUGGAACCGGACACCUCGGUGAAGGUAGGAACAAGGUUCUGCAUCUGCUACAAGGAGUUGAUCCCCUGGGUGAUGCUGACACUUCAGAUAGCGUAUGUGACCGAUGGUGAGUCAGACAGAUCCAAGAUGUUUGCGUUCGGCAGCGGCACUCUACAGGGCCAUUUGCUGGCCGGGGAGGAGCGCUUCUUGGUGCAGGUAGACGAGGAGGAGCGGGUGUGGUACGAGGUGGUUUCUUUCUCAAAGCCGGCGCACGUCCUGGCGACGCUGUGCUACCCGUAUGUGCAGCUGAGGCAGAAGCAUUUCGCGCAGCAGUCGGGACAGGCGCUCCUCAGGCAUGUGACCACCUGCUCGACCAAGCAGAAGCAGUAG